AUGGCCUUGCAUGGUCAAGGGGGAAUGGAGGAACCGGUUGAGGAGCCCGAAGACUUUCGGCAAGGGGAUGUCAGCAUCUCCCCGGCGAUUGAAGUGCCCGACGCGGGGCCCGGAGUGGAGACCCCCGCGGAGCCGCUGCUUUUGCCUUGGGACCGAUUCUCCGCCUGGCUGCACUGUAUCUGCGUGGUGGGCUUUGAUCUGGAGCUGGGGCAGGCGGUGGAGGUCAUUUACCCACACCACUCAAAACUCACAGACAAAGAGAAAACAAGUAUAUGUUACCUGUCUUUCCCAGACUCAAAUUCAGGCUGUCUGGGGGACACGCAGUUCUGUUUCCGUUUCCGCCAAGCAUCAGGCAGGAAGUCUUCCCUCGGCUGCUUCCUGGAUCAGUUCGACAGAGAUGCCCCCCUCUGCCUCAAGAGAGAUCAAGGCUAUUACUAUGGAUAUGUAUACUUCAGGCAAGUCCGCGACAAGUCGCUCAAGAGAGGAUACUUCCAGAAGUCCCUGGUCCUCAUCAGCAAGCUCCCCUACGUCACCUUCUUCCACUCCUUGCUCAAGCUCGUCGCCCCUGAGUAUUUCGAGAAGCAGGAGCCGUGUCUGGAAGCCGCCUGCAAUGACAUUGACCGAUGGCCGACGCCAUACCCUGGGAAAAUCUUAAUGCUUCCAAUAAUGGGAGUUGUCAUGAAGAUUCGGAUCCCGGCCUGUUAUGACAAGCCCGGCAUGUCACAGCUGGUCCAGUCGUCGGAGAAUGACAACCUGGUCUCCGUUGUCCUGCCCACCAUUCACGAGGUGGACCUCUUCAGGUGUUUCAGCCCCGUCUUCUUUCACAUCCAGAUGUUGUGGGAGCUAGUAUUGUUAGGAGAGGCCCUGGUCGUCAUGGCUCCUUCGCCGGCUGAGUCCUCUGACACGGUGCUGGCACUGGUCAGCUGUAUAUCCCCGCUGCGCUACUGCAGCGACUUCAGGCCCUACUUCACCAUCCAUGACAGUGAGUUCAAGGAGUACACCACCCGCACGCAGGCCCCGCCGUCCGUCAUCCUUGGGGUGACGAAUCCCUUCUUUGCCAAAACCCUCCAGCACUGGCCUCACAUCAUCCGGAUUGGGGAUAUGAAACAAGCAGGGGAGGUGACUAAACAGAUGAAGGUGAAGAAGCUGAAGAACUUGAAGACCUUGGAUUCCAAACCAGGAGUGUACAGCUCCUACAAGCCGUUCCUGAACCGGGACGAGGAGAUCAUCAAGCAGCUGCAGCGGGGUGUCCAGCAGAAGCGGCCCUCCGCCGCCCAGAACGCCAUCCUCCGGAGGCACUUCCUGGAGCUGACCCAGAGCUUCAUCAUUCCCUUGGAGCGCUACGUGGCGAGUCUGAUGCCUUUGCAGAAAAGCAUUUCACCUUGGAAGAGCCCUCCUCAGCUGCGGCCGUUCAGCCAAGAUGAGUUCAUGAAGACGCUGGAGAAGGCGGGGCCACAGCUCACCUCACGCCUCAAAGGAGACUGGAUUGGUCUCUAUAGGCAGUUCCUGAAGUCUCCCAACUUCGAUGGUUGGUUCCGGAACCGCAGGAAGGAGAUGACCCAGAAACUUGAGGCGCUGCACCUGGAGGCCCUCUGUGACGAGGACCUGCAGCUACGCAUCCAGAAGCACACAGAGGUGGAGACGGUGGACCUCGUGCUCAAGCUGAAGGAUAAACUGACGCAGGCAGAGAGGGAGCAGCUUCCAGUCAAAGCGGGAACGCUGGCCAGACUGCGGGCCCACAUCGAGACCGUCAUCCUGUCCCUGCCCGAGGAUCUGCAGGGGAUCCUGCUCAAGUCAUCCAGCCCAUGAAGUCGACCCUCUGCUGCCCCCAUGGGGAUGGGGGUGUGGAUGACGGCACUGUCCCCAGAGCCAGGACUGAUCCAGGCGGUUGCAUUUUUUUUUUCCCCCCCCCACGCUGAGAAUAUUUCCCUGAAACGCCCCCCGUGCUGCCCCCAUAUACAAUGCUGGCGUUGGUAGAACCGCCGAUUUGUGUGUUUACAUGCAGCCAGGACACGGCUUUGAUAUUGCUCUGCAAUACCAUGGCAACUUCGGGGAAAAUGUGCAUCAUUAUCUCACGGUACCUCCAGCGAGUCCUUUCGUCUCUCCCUGCCCUCAAACACGCCCCCGGCAGGAGCUGAGUGGAUGUGCAGACUUUGGCAGAUUAGAGGUAUGGGUUUUGACAACUCCCCUACCUUCCCCUUGGUUUGUCUGAGGUGGGAAAAGCCACUGACGGCACCUUUGGUGGCUUUUAAUCAGGGGUUACAGUAGGUGUUUAAGCUCAUAGGUCGUAACAUGUCAUGUGAUUUGAGUUAAUGUCCAAUCAGGGACUGAGAGGAUGCUCUAAGCAGCUUAAGGCCUUUGAGGGGCCUCUGAGCAUGUUUUAAAGUGUAAUGAUGUGACACUAAGAUGUCUGACAGCGUGACUGUGAUGCAGGGGCAUAGAUGUGGUCAGGAGGCUGCCAGGACUCACUCACCCAGUUUAGGAUUCUGGAAAGUUCACCGAAGGUGGGUUUAUGUUAGACUUGCUACUGUCAUCAUUAAAAUCGUUCUGCCCCAUUUCCGGACACUCUGUCUGCACUAGCUGACCUUUACAGAUCUCUUUCCAAAUCAAGUUAAGGGGCACAGCCUUCAAUGACCGAUCUUUUGAAGAAACUAAUGUUGCCUUAUGUUAGUAUUCAAUGUGAUGAGGCUAUUUCAUUUUUAUUUAAAAUUAUUUAUUUAGGGUGUAUGUGUUAAAUGUGCGUUAAAUUGUGGUCUUUUAAAUGUAAAGUUGCCUUACUCGAAGCAGGUAUACUUACAGGUUGGUUAAUUAGAUUUAUGGGGUAUGUAACAUAAGAAGGCAGUAUUGUAUGUGAAAGAGUGAAUAAUUACACAGUAAGGGCUUGCUAAGGUAACGGCCUAUAACAUUCCUUUAAGUCUGUAGGAAUGCGUCUGUGAUUUGGGCAAAAGUCAGUCAACUGCAACCUUCCAACUAUACUGUGCCUUUUGGACCCCGUUUGCUCACAUGUGGUUUUUAUUUACCGCGUUUUAAUGUGUAGGGAAAUUCUAACACCUUCUCCUGUGGUUGUAAAGCAGUAUUCUGCCAAGCCAUACAACACUUAAUCUUCAGAGUACGAGGGCUGUUCAAACGUUAAUGACACUUUACUAACUUAUUUAACGCGAACAAUGUUAACCACAGCAUUUCGUAACAUAUGUUUGUACAGAUUAAUUACUUGUCUUUUCAUACAAAGCGCUCUUAACCAGACAACCAUUUUCAUGUUUGUGUGUAUGCAUGUGUGUAUGUGGGUACAUACUUGUAACAGUACCUCUUAUCACUGAGGUCUCUCAUACUAUAUGGUGCUCCAUUUAGAGAUUCUAAAAAUGGAAUGAAUAGUUCUGGUAUUUGAACAAACGUGUAUAAGGGGUGGACAAGUCCAAAGGUGAAGAUGCUCAAGGGUGGCUGGGCAGGCUGGGUAGGCUGGGUACACUGGUUUAUGUCCCCCUCCCCUCCAAGUUGGCCAUGCACAUCUUUUGUAGUUUUUUCUGAGCUGGUCAUACUGGUCUCUGUAGUUUUUCUUUGUUGGAGUCAUCGUUUGGACAGCAAGUCCCUGGGCUGCCGUUUCAGGAGGUGACCUACAUUGUAUAAUCUGUCAGAUUCCAGACUUUUUAGUGGAUUUUUCUUACCCCUCUGUUAGAAAGCAAUACAUUGAUAGAUCAUGCAAUAGAGCUGCAAUGUCAUUGAAAUCACUGUCCUUUUUCUGACCAGAUUACCAAUGUUUUACUUUUUCCAGUCUUGACAUAUGCUCUGUGUUAAGGUUUAUUUUCCCUGCUCAAAGUAGGGGCAGUAUCUUCUUAAACAAUUUAAAUCAGUGUUUUCUGGCACAGAAUCUGUGACUAUUGGUUGUUGGGCAACCAGAAAAGUUUAUAUUUUAAAGAUGAACCUAUUUUAACAUGUUUGAAUUUUAUAUAGAGAUCUAUUCUCAUACAUUAUUCUGAUAUAAUUACGCAAAUGUAAAAUUACUGUUGAAGAUAUUUGAAUAUUUUAAGUUUAUUAGUUGAAGCUGUUGUGAGUAAUGCAUUUUAGUUUGGAUUAAUUUGCAUAUUGACAGUUAAUUGGAACACAGAGGCAGUAAAUUCUGUUGGGUAUACUGAUAUUAGAAACUAUUCAUUGACCCUUGUGUAUGAAAGCCAUAACCACUUGCAUUCUGCAUAAUGAUUUUAUUUUUUUAACGUCCAACAUCUGUAUGAACGCAACAUUUCUUCACCUGCAGGUUCUUUUAAUGAGAGUUGGUAUUUUUAUUUUACAUGAAUAAAAUGACAACCAGAAAGUG